GCAUGCAGCACCACAUGCCAGUACCUCCUGUGGAGGGCAGGGUACGCUGCAGUCGUGUAAGUCUUCCUGUGCUAAACCUGGACAGACUGAGAAUGGCCAAGGCUUUAGUGGACAAAGCUGUGAAGGAGAGGAAGGUGUUCUCCAUAGAGGGUCCAUACCCUGUUAUUCGUGCUGCUCUGAGGGCCAGAGGGUGGGUAGAGCGCCGACUUCCUCGCCGCCCUCUAGGGGGUCGUAGCCAUGGAGACCAGGAGGCAGAGGGCACAGAAGAGACUGACAGUAGCGAUGAUGACGGUGCAGAUAGAGGACAGGAUGGAGACAGAGAAGACGACACUGAUGAGAUGACUGACCUUAUGUCUCGCCUGGUGCGCAACGAAACUACAUAUUUCUACUGGACAACCAGGAGGGACACAGUCGACUGUUUGUCAUUAAGAAAAGACCAGAUGACUAAUCAUUACGCAAAAGCUGGAUCUUUCACUACUAAGGUGGGUCUGUGUAUGAGUUUGAGGAAUCUCCAGUGGUUUGACUCAACAGAUCCUGACACAUUCUUCCCACGCUGCUACAGGCUGGGGGCGGAGGAUGAAAAACAUGCUUUCACUGAGGACUUCAGACGAACUGCAUGCACAAGCCUGUUGCGCUAUGUGGUGGAGAGAGCUGAAGGAGGGGAGGUGGACACAACAGGAGAAUUCUGUAGUUUUAAACAGUCUCAGGAUGUGAAUAAGCAGCAUAAGCUACGACCCAAUCAGAGGCUUGGAGCUGGGUUGAUUGACACUGCAUUGCAUGUGUGUCAGGAGUAUCUGAGCAGUCGAGAACACAAUGACAUAGAUGUGGACUGUCCUUCUUCCCUCUCAGAACAGCAGUGGGAUGACUUUAUCCAGAAAUACUACCUUGUUAUUCAUGAUGGUGCGAUAAUCGAGGGGUGUAGCGAGUAUGCAGAGCACUGUAGGUCCAUGUUAACCCGCAUGCAGAAAGUCUGUCCACAGCUGGAAACUGAUGGACUCGGUAACAUCUGGAUUAUCAAACCAGGUGCUCUGUCACGAGGCAGAGGUAUUGUAUGUAUGAACAGGUUAGAUGAGAUGCUGAGUUUAGUAGACAGUGAACCUGCCCUGAUUAAAGACAGUAAGUGGGUAGUGCAGAAGUACUUGGAGCGCCCUCUGCUGGUUCAUGGCACUAAAUUCGAUCUGCGUCAGUGGUUCUUGGUCACGGACUGGAACCCUCUCACAGUCUGGUUCUAUGAUGAGUGUUACCUGCGUUUCUCCACUCAGCCCUACUCCACUCACAGACUGGACAGCUCUGUCCAUCUUUGCAACAACUCCAUCCAGAAGCAUUUCCGUCCGAAUGCAGGCCGUGACCCAUCUCUGCCUGCUGAAAACAUGUGGUCGUGUGCUGAGUUCCGCUCCUGGCUGGCCGCUUCAGGCCGUGGCCGGCUGUGGGAGGAGGUGGUGCUUCCAGGCAUGAGACGAGCAGUGAUCCAGACACUGCUGACCGCACAGGACAGUGUGGAGCCUCGCAAGGCCAGCUUCGAGCUCUACGGGGCAGACUUCAUUCUGGGGCGCGAACUGCACCCGUGGCUGCUGGAGGUCAACGUCAGCCCCACCAUGGCCCCCUCCACAGCUGUCACUGCCCGACUCUGUCCUGCUGUGCAGGAGGACACACUGCGUGUGGUGCUGGACCGACGCUAUGACCGCAACGCGCACACUGGAGGCUUUCAGCUCAUUUACAAACAGGCAGCAGUAGAGGUUCCUCAGUAUGUUGGUGUUAACCUUCUAGUGGAGGGGGCUCAGAUCAGACGUCCUCGGGCCUCUCCCUGUAAAACAUUCAUCCGCUCUCAUUAUGAGCCAUUACACAAAUCCAGGCCUGCUCUGCCAAUCAGUAAACGCUCCUCUGAUAAGGAGAACCAGCCUGAUGAGGUGAAGAGAACUUGGCCCAGUGUUUCACGAAAGGUCACAAUAGAGCGGUCUUCAACCUGUCAGCCUUUGCUGGAGAAAAGACGGCGCAGACCGGCUUUGCCCUCAGCCUCCUGCCCUUUGCCAAACCUUUCAGACCGCCAUCACCUUCAAACUUCAUAUGCACGUCUACACACACACACUAAGCAGGCACACACCCGCCCUCACAGGACACGCAGAAAUCUGCUGACUCUCAACCAUCUCAGCCCCUCUCUGGAGAUAAUCAGUAUACGACCUGAGCUAAAGUACAGCCAGAGCACACAUGCUCCCACUCACACUGCCCAUGUCUCUCACCCAAUCCUACGCAUACAUCGAUACCUUUCACCACUCAACACACGGACAUCUAUAAAGUAGAAGGACUUUGGACCACCUGAGCCAAGAGACUAAGUUGACUGUUAACAGUGUAAAU